GAGAAAAAGAAUGUGAACUGUACUGACAAGUCCUAAAGAAAACUGCUAUGAAAAAACGAGAAUAAUAGGACGUCUGUGGAACCAUUAGUAUAUCUCGGCGACGAGAAUAAAUAUUGACAUUAAUCCAGUUAGAGAUGUGACGGUGGUGAGGAUUCACGAUGUCCUUAGCAAUUUCGCCGACAGCAUUUAUAAUCGGAGGAAAUGGAAACCGAUAUCUAUCAAAAUGCAUUUCCCGCGUACACGAUAGACCGUCGACGCUGUGGUUAUCAUCGUCAAAAACUUGAGCUUUAAAACGCUACAUUUUCUGGGCUUUUUGUUCCUGCGUUUAAAGUUUCAACGCAUACUUAUUUACGGCUACAAAAAAGUGCAAAAAAUGAAUACCGAAACGACACGCAGAUCCAAAGUCUCACGCGCCCAAGCAUCGGCCGGGGAUUGUCUAGAAGGGGUAGGACACCGAGGGUAUAUUAAAUAGCAGCACUGCCGCCUGCUGCCGGACUGGCAGUAUCCGCCUGCGCAACAGCGCGUAGCGUCUCGUAACUCGAGUGUUGAGCUCGGGAACCCACCGGUGGCAUCGUGUCAAUCGAAGCCCCGCCAAGUCGGGCGAGGGAGCGACCGCUCGAGUAAAAAUUAUCUCUCGUUGCGGAAGCGCAGCCUGUCCGUUGCGUCGAGGGAGAGGAAGGGAGCGAGGGAAGUGCGAAAGAAAGUGCGGUAAAAUUCGUUUCGCGAAAAAUCACGUCAGUUCUUCGCCCGCCGAAGAUGGCCCCGACGUGCUUCGAGGUGAUCCUCAUCGGCUUCAUCCUCGUGCUGCCGUUUCUCUACGAGACCAAUCGCACCUUCCGUUAUUAUUUCAAGUUCCUCAUCUACUACGGCUUCGUCAUGCUGAACGCGACACUGCUCUUGCCCGUCAUCUUUCUGCGGCGCUUCAACGUCAAGAAUUUUCUGCUAGCAUCUUCGUUGUGCCAUCAUGUCAGUCCUUUGCUAGGACUGCGCUGGGAGUUACGAGGAAGGGAGCAUCUGGAGAGGGACAGGGCUUGUAUAAUUGUAGCGAAUCAUCAGAGCUCGCUAGAUAUACUAGGAAUGUUUGAGUUGUGGCCGGUGAUGGAUAAGUGUACCGUUGUGGCUAAGAAGGAGAUUUUCUACGCGUGGCCGGUAGGUCUUGCCGCAUGGCUCUGCGGCUUGAUCUUUAUUGAUAGAAUGAAUUCCCAGAGCGCAAGAUCCGUGAUCAACGACGCCACGCAAGAAAUUAAGACGAAUAAGAUCAAGUUAUGGAUAUUUCCCGAAGGCACCAGGCACAACACUGGCGAGAUACAUCCGUUCAAAAAGGGCGCUUUCCAUGUCGCAAUCAGAUCGCAGUUACCUAUACUACCCGUCGUAUUCUCCUCCUAUUAUUUUCUCUCCGCAGAAGAGAAGAGGUUUGAUUCCGGACGCAUUCUCGUGACAACGUUGCCGCCUAUCUCCACCGAGGGACUCAGCACGAAAGACGUAGAGGAGUUGAUGCAGAAGACGCGAAGCGCCAUGAGCGAGGUGUUGCAGGCGACGAAUAGUGAGAUUCAGCUAUCUCUCGCCCGAUAAGCCAUACGCCGACUGAUCACUGUCCGAUCAAACUAUAACGAUCUCGUCUUAUGGGGACAAGCCAGUAAACUAAUAUUCUUCUACAGGAAUAUUAAUGACUAAGUCUACGCGCAGGAACCAAAGACUAAGCGUACGCUCAACUUAUGUUCUGUUACGAUAUUAUUGUAAUUCGUAUCUCGCCACUCUUUAUCUUCGUGAAAGAUGAAUAGCGUCAGAUUUUAUAGAUAUAUGUUUACAGUCUUUUCUUGUUUUUUAGCUUAUUAAUUUAUUUGUAGCUGCGCAGAUCGCGCGCGGUAAUCUAGAUAAUUCUUCGGUUCUUUCCUUGAUGAUUAAUUGAUCUUUAAUCUUUAUUGUUGGUAUGCAAAAUGCCAUUUGUGAUAUGUUGAAGUUUCUCCAUGAACGAUAUAUACAUACUGUAUGGAGCAAGAGAUUGUUUCACUUGAAAACUAAAGGAAAAAAAAUGUGGUAAAAAUAAGCAUGAAGUCAGACAGAAGAAUUAUAAAUAUCGCUCUUAAUUAGAUACAAUUUUGAGAAACAACGUAUUGUAAAGUAUACAGCACUCUUUACUGUAGAAACGAAUAGUUGGGGGAAAAGGGAGGAACUUUCAAUAUAUACAUUAUGAUUUUUUGUAGAGCCAUGAACUGUACAUAUGAUUCGUUAGAACGCAUUUUAUAAAUUGUGGGAACAUAUAUUGUUAGCGUUUAUACUUAACGCAUUGUACUAAAUUACAUUAGAUAUAUUUUGCUAUGUAUAAGGUACGCUUGUACAUUCCCACUCGUCUGUUUGAUGCUUCCACUUAUUUCUACACGGUUGUAUCCGUAAAAGAUUGAGAUUGCGCAUUAGCUUGGUGAUUAAAAGAAGAUUAACAGAGUGCACUUUAAUUUCAAGUAUCUAGAACAAAAAGGAGAAGAAGAUGAGAAGUUUCGAUUUUUACAUAUUAUCUUCAAACUAUUCUCCCUAAAUGUAUAUUUCCUCGUGAAACCAACAGUUGCAUCACUCUGAUAUUCGCUCAUGGAAUUAUAAUUGAGGUGAUAAAGAAAAUAAUGCGAUAACCGGAAAGGUAAAUGCGUUUUAAUCUUAUCGUGCUGCAGUGUACAUACAUUUCUACUUAUUGUUAGUUAUAAUUGCGAUAUUGCGAAAGAGUGGUGACUGUCAGUCCUUUAGACAUUGACACUCAAUUCGCCGGCAUUCCACGAAUGUCUGUUCGAUUGCGCAAUACGUUUCUAUUCUCUACGUAACCGGGACGGAAUGCGUCCCGUGUAAAGUCAAUGCUUUGUUUCGCAUUAAUCCUCAGAUGGGAAACUGUGUUCAGUUUAGCGUAGCUUACACGAUGCCUUUUCGCUAAGUAAUUUCUCGCAGCCUGCGAAGUUGAAAUAUUUUAACUUAAUUAGUUGCGCGCGAACUGACGAAAUAGAAAGCAAAUUAGUUGUUUGCACAAAAAAAGGCAUUGUGCAAGCCGCGCUUUUAUUUUGCUUCCGGAAUCGCUAUGAUGUAUAUGUACUGUCAAAGAUAUUCGUUAUAUAUUCGCUGACACAUAUUUCGUUUUCCGAUAUUAUACAAGAAAAGACGCGUUUGAUAUAGAAUUCUAAACAUUUCAAACGGUUUAUGCUAAUAAUAAUUAACGAUCACUUAAUUAUCGGCAUGACUACUAUAUCGCAGUCAUAUUUAUAUUGUACAUCAAGUAUCAAGUUUCUUGUAGGCUACAACGCUCACAUGAUAGUUGUAACACUAUUCAAACAAUAGCAUGAUAGGAGUUGCGUCUGUUUAGCCAGGUGGGAGUGAGUAAUCUAUCGCAUUGACUUUUUAUAGCUUCCUGUAACUUUAAAUCGAAUUGUUCGGAUGGAGGACCUAAAUGUAUCAUACAAGUACAGACGCUUCACAAUAUAUCGGUUUUCUAUAAUUGUUCCGAUGUUCUGCGACACGAUCGAUUUAAUUGUAAACUGCGUAACUUCGAAACAUCACAUGUACGAGCGGUUUAUUCGAAGAAGAAAAAAAAUGAUAUAAAUUUUAUUUUAGAUUGUGUUAAAAGUGUGCUGUUUGUGCGUUAUCUAUUAAUUAGAUUUUCCGGCUCGCAUUUGCAUUUGCACGUGUAGCGUCAAAUGUAAUCAUGCGUGACCUUCGCAUUAGAUAACCGAUGAUUAUUUUUAGUGCUAAACUUGUGAUGCGAAUAUUGCAUCUCGAAAUUCAACUUAUAUCACUUUGAGAAUGAACGGCUCACACAACGAGACAUGUAUCUUUUAAGUGCCAUUUUUAGACUUUAUAAGGUACACUUCUCUCUCGUUGCAGCUGCUGCAAUUAUUUAUUACUGUAUUACGAGACGUUGUUACUGUAUACUUUAACGUGAUGAUUGAACUCUGGAAUCGCGCGGAUAUUUUUAUAUCAUGACCAAAAAAUGAAUCGAGAGUCUGAUAUACAGCCAUAGCGGAAAUAUUUCAUCUUGUUUAUCAGAUAUUUCUUUCCUUAUUGUUAGUUGAAAGAGGGACGUUUCGAUAAUAAAUGAUAUUCAUACACGAAAGAAUCGCGGUAUUAACUCCCGGUAGACGGUAACGUAGUUGAUUUUGAGAGCGCUAUUUGAAAUUUCUAAAAACCCAUGUUUUUCGAUCACACUAGAUACAAUCGUGUAAACCAUUCGAAAUACCUAUCGCGUUAGUAUUAUCUUCCUAAAUGAAUGAAAAACGCACAAUUUUCAACCGAACGUAUUUACGCGUUAACGAUGCGUUUAAUAUACGAUUUCUAGCGUAAUCGAAUUUCGUGCAUGAAUAACUAGAAAUUUGGAGUAAGGUUUUUGCGACUCGAAGAUCUAAAGGACCUUUUUUUUCUCGAAUUUACAAAUAUUAUCAACGUCUAGCCACCUUCUCGAAAAUAGCGUAAGUUUCAUUAUCAGUGUAUCAGCACCCGUCACUUUUUUGAUUAUGUAGAUAAUUUAUUGCAAAUGCGCAAAUAGUAUCUGUGAUUCGUCGAAAAUCACAGAAAUAUCUUUAAACGAUAUUUUAUUUAAAGAGAACGUCAUCCAUUAUGGAUUUAUCAUUUCAGUGCCAAUUUACGAAAAGCCUCAUAGGCGAUAGCUAAUAUAAUCAGUGCAUCAUUCCAUUUUUAUUUUAAUAGACGGAAUUGUAGAUUUGACUUUUCUCGAAUGCAGCGUGCAUACAUUGAUCAAUCAUUCUACGAGAGAUGUUAUGUAUAAAGUUAGCGGAGCUUAUUCCAAAGAUUUAUGUACUUGGGCUGUGUAUUUCGUCAUGAUAUAAUAUCAAUUGAUCACUAUAAUAGAUCGAAGCGAGCGUUUAUCGACGUCGCAAGUGGAAUUCAACGAGUUUGUUAUAUCUAUGUCACGCAAAUUCUUUAUUUGUCCUGCGAAGCAAAAUUCACAAGUGAUCGAGUUUAUCGAAAAUGUUUUGUACAUUGUCUUGACUAUAAUUGCAAUGUAAAAAAUUAAGAGAUGGUUUACAGAGUGCAAGAAUAAUAAAGAUACCUGAUUUUAGUUAA